AUGGCGCAGGGCGACGAUCACCGGAAAAUCAUUGCCCCGAAUGGAUCGGUUGCUUCAGCGAAUAAAAGAAAAGGUUCGCCCUGUCAGCAAGAUGGCGAUCCUUAUUUUCUAAAAAAAAACGGUGAUGGUGAUUCUCAAGCUGGCGGAACAACAAUGGGAUGCUCACUCCCGUACCUUCCAGAGGAUAUCUGGCAUCAUGUCCAUUCUCUAAUGCCACUGCGUGAUGCUGCUCGUGCUGCUUGCCUGUCGCAUGCCUUUCUACGAUCCUGGAGGUGUUAUCCCAACCUCACCUUCAAUGAGGAUGCACUUAGGCCUGAAGGAUGUAGGUACAGUGGUCGUUUCAAAGACGCAGUUGACUGUAUUAUGAGAAAUCACUCAGGCAUUGGUGUGAAGAUAUUGGAGCUCCGACCAUUUUGUAUCGCUUAUGACAAUCUUAAAAGGUGGCUUCGGGUUGCUGUUAAACCAGGGAUUGAAGAACUCAACCUUACGAUUUGGCAUCCAUUAAAAGAGAACUGCAAGUUUCCCAGAUCGCUUUUAUCUGAUGGGGUUAGGAACUCACUUCGGUGUCUUAAACUUGGUCGUUGUACCUUCCAACCCACAGCUGAACUCGGCCCCUUUCUAAACCUAACAAGUCUACGUCUUACACAUGUGCGUAUUACGGAGGAUGAGUUACAGGGUCUUCUUUCGAAUUCUCUUGCUUUAGAGAAGUUGGAACUGAUUGGGUGCAAGGGAAUAAUUUGCCUGAGGAUACCUUGUGAGCUUCAGCACUUCAGCUGCCUGAGGACUUCUGGAUGCAUGAGUCUGAAAUUGAUAGAGUGCAAAGCUCCAAAUCUCUCCACUUUAGUCUUUUGCGGAAAACCAAAACUAUUGCUUGGAGAAGCUUUGCAAAUGAAGACAUUACGCAUAUCACGUUCAGGUGUUAUCUGUUAUGCUCGUACUGAGCUGCCAUCCAUUAUGCCAAAUCUCGAUACUCUUUACUUAUGUUCCAGUGACGAGGUGGUCGAUACACCAAUGCUGCCUACCAGAUUCCUCUGCCUCAAGCACCUGACCAUUUAUCUGAUAUCAGGACCCUCGCCUUAUGACUAUUUUUCUCUGGUUUCUUUCCUUGAAGCAUCUCCUUCCUUGGAGACUUUGAGCUUGGAUGUGUUGAAGAAACCUAUGGAUAAUGAAACAGUUUUUGGACAAUUCCCACAUUUGAGGCAGAUGACUGAAGAUCGGCAUUGCCACCUCAAGAAUGUGAAGAUCACAGGGUUCAGCUCUGCAAAAGGCUUGGUUGAGCUAACCUGUUAUAUCCUCAAGAACGCAGUGUCACUCGAGUUUCUUACAUUGGACACCAAUUGUGGUUCUACUAGCAGGUGUUCUGACAAUGGAAUUGGGCGGUGCCCCUCCAAGGGCAACGGUCUAAGGGAAGCUUGUAGAGUGCUUCGGGCUAUUAGAACAUACAUUGAGAAUAAAGUUCCUGAAAGAGUUAAGUUUACUGUUGUGGAUCCUUGUAGCCGAUGCCAUAAGUAG